AUGGUGAUCACGAACUCGAAACCGACUGACUGGUUCCUCCGCAUUGCAGACCACGAUAUCCUCCUCACAUAUGAAGACAUCAAGUCGCUCAAGAAUGACUGGUUAACAGACAACAACAUCGCCUUUUGGGAAGAAUGGCUGGAGCGCGAGAUUCUCCCCAAGUACCCGCAAGCCCGUAUCGUACUCCUCCGCCCGUCAAUGACGUUCCUCCUGAUGAAGGAGCCCGACAUGCGCCAGAUCCGCUCCGCACUCCCCGACUUCUCCAAAGUAACGCACAUCUUCCUGCCCAUCAACGAUGCCCGCAACGUCGCCCAAGCAGAAGGCGGUUCCCACUGGUCCCUUCUCCUCGUCUCCGCCAUCGACGGCGUCGCCUUCCACUACGACUCCCUCGGCGGCGCAAACUACAACGAGGGCCGCCUCGCCACGGCGAAAAUGUCCGAGAUCCUCGGCAGACCCCUCCGAUUCCUGAACCUCGACGACUCCCCCCAACAGGAGAACGGCAGCGACUGCGGCGUUUUCGUGUGCAUCCUCAUGCGGCACCUGCUCGUUAAGCGCCUGCUCUCCGCUAAUGCCAGGGAAAAGGUCAGCAUGAGCAUGGCCAACAAGCUCAUCGACUCCCACGGCGGCCGCAAGGAAAUGCUCAAGAUCAUCGAGAGCUUGAGAAAAGAGGGCGAGAGGAGGAGAUCGUAA